AUGUCUCGAUCAAGUCGACGGGGCCCUUGGCUACCCGAGGAAGAUGCCACUCUACUUCGACUGGUGAAGACUCAAGGCCCAAACAAUUGGGUGCGAAUCUCGCAGCACAUGCAGCAUCGGUCACCGAAACAGUGCAGAGAGCGAUAUCACCAGAACCUGAAGCCCAGUCUGAACCACGAACCCAUUUCUGCACAAGAGGGGGAACUCAUCGAGGAGCUUGUCGGAGAGAUGGGCAAACGAUGGGCUGAAAUCGCGCGGCGGCUUGGGAAUCGAAGUGAUAAUGCAGUCAAGAACUGGUGGAAUGGCAGUAUGAACCGACGCAAAAGACAUUCGGUCCAUCCAGGCGGUGGUAGCACCUCUGUCGGCUAUCGCACUCAUCCUAUCCCAGCUUCAGGUUCUCUGGGGCAGAUCUACCUACAGCACCGCGGCAUGACUUCGACGGACGAGUACCGAGACCGGCAAUCGCUCGAGCCACCAACCUCUUGCGAAGAGCCGCUCAACGGCUAUGAGUUGGAACGAAACUAUGGAUCACUAAGGCAGGACCGUCAGUUCCAUUCGUCUCAGCUACCCAUCGGUCAUCUUCAGCACCCAUCAAGCUCCCGUUCUGCAGAAUUACCACCGGAGAGCCUUCUUCUACCUCAGUCAUCCAGCCAACUUCGACAAGAAGGAGCUUUCGCACCCUCCCUACCUAGACUACCGUCCUACCCAACACCUACGUCAGUCCAUCGAAAUGACUGGCACCUGCCGCCCCUCACCCAUCUCGAACGUCCCAUACUAUCUCCGGCACCAACGGUGGCUUCACAUGCUUCUUCAAACCAACAAGCACCGUCUCUAGUUUCGGACAAUCAGUCUAACUGUUCGAUUUCCCCCAAGACUGUACCGUCUCCCCGACCGGGAAUACCGUCAUCAAACACGUUGCAGGUACAAUUGUGGUCUGACACGCAGCGACCGUUCAGCAGGGGGAGCCUUCAAGAUAUCAGGCCUUGCCUGGCAGAAUACAAACAAGACCAGGGACAUGUAUCUGCGUUUCAGCCACAUCUGAACAGAUUCAGCGGCUCGCCAAGUGCACAGCUCCUCCCGGCUCCGGAACCCCCACUAUCUGGCCACAGGGGAGGUUCGAGCGACUUGAAAGAUUUUACGGUUGGUUCUAGAACUUUGGCGACCAAGGAUGCUCGCAUGGACGUAUCACGUCUACUGGACUAG